CUCGUACGGUCCAAUUCGAAACGGUCGGACGUUCGCGAAUCUCGAGAGUUUCGAGAUUUCCUGCGCGUUGCCGAGAAAUCGAGAAAUCGCGAUUCGCAACCGCCGUUACCCCUCUUCGUAUCGUGCAUUUACCCGCGGAUCAACCGUUGAGUGGCAGCGACCGGUUCGUCUCGUGUGUUUCGUUGUUCGUUCCCUGGUUUGGUCAGAUUAGGUUCUCUCUCUUCCCGUGCGAAUCGAUCCUGCGAUUCAAAGUAAUAUGACAACCGAUCCUGAACGCGCCGUCAAUACUAGCGGUACGGAAUCCGUAGAAGAUGAAGAUGAUAACACCCAUCACAAAAUUUUACGUAACACUGAUGUGUUAGCUGCUCUUCGAGAUGGUAUUUCUGCACCAGGACUAGAGCAAAUGCAGUCUCUUCCUGCUCCCGUCAAACGCAGGAUUAAAGCACUGAAACAACUGCAGCUUGUUACUACUAACAUCGAAGCUAAAUUUUACGAAGAGGUCCAUGCCUUGGAAUGUGAAUAUUAUAAAAUGUGCGCGCCCUUGUACGAGAAACGGAGUGAGAUAAUAUCGGGCGCUUACGAGCCAACUGAUGAGCAGUGCGUUUGGGAGAGCGAUGAGGAUGAGGAAAUACUAAAUAAUUACAUGAAAGUAAAGGCGAAGAUCGAGGAUGUUGCAGAAGAGAAGAAGGAUGAGGCAGAAAAUGAAGACGACACUAAAGGUAUUCCGGAUUUCUGGCUAACAAUAUUUAAGAAUGUAGGUACACUAGCUGACAUGGUCCAAGAACACGAUGAGCCAAUUUUGAAGCAUCUGAACGAUGUUAAAGUGAAGUUCCUGGAGUCGAAUCCAAUGGGAUUUAUCUUGGAGUUCCAUUUCACGGCAAACGAAUACUUCUCCAAUACAGUGCUUACUAAAGAAUACAUCAUGAAGUGUACGCCGGACAAGAACGAUCCGUUCAGCUUUGAAGGGCCCGAAAUAUACAAAUGCAAAGGCUGCGUGAUCGAUUGGAAGAAGGGCAAGAACGUUACGGUGAAAACCAUUAAGAAGAAUCAGAAGCACAAAUCCCGAGGGUCUAUGCGUACCGUGACCAAAACCGUUCAAAAUGAUUCCUUCUUUAAUUUCUUCAGUCCGCCAAAUGUGCCAGACGAUUCAGAAGCUGAUCUAGAUGAAGACACCCAGGCUCUUUUAACAAGUGAUUUCGAGAUCGGUCAUUACAUCAGAGAACGCAUAGUUCCUAGGGCCGUGCUCUAUUAUACAGGCGAGGGUCUGGAGGAUGAGGAUGAGGAUUACGAAGAUGAGGAGGACGGAGACGAUGACGAGGAUGUUGACGAGGAGGAUGAGGAGGAGGAAGCCUCUCCUACUAAUGCGCCUUCAGGUGGGAAACAAGGCGAUCCCAAUGAGUGUAAACAACAGUAGAAUUAUAUUAAUUGCAACGUAAUGAAAAAAAAAAGAAAAAUCGAUCGUUCGUGCGUUACAGUAUGCAACAACACACUAACGACAUCUCUGACCGAUAACUACCUAGAUAAUCCUGCACCUCGCGGCUCCAAAUGUAAUCCCUCGUUCUUCGUACCAAUCAUCUAAUCAUAUCAUAUCUCCUAUUCCAGAUCAAGUCUAGAAUCUCUUUACAUACAUACACACACACACACACCAGCGAUAUACAAACAUUGCAUAAAAGAAAUUGUGCGUACCACACACACUAGUUUUAUUCGCCGUUGACGAUGAGUAAGACAACAUGCCUCAUAUACCUGUGCUAUAAGGUCUAAUGUUAUAAGUAUAUGAUAUGAUUGCUCGCUUUCGGACACUGAUUAUUGUCAAUUUUUAAUUGCUUCAUUUUAUACUACUUGUUACGUUUAUAUGCGCCAACAGAGA